AUGCCAUAUCAACCACCGCCACAAGCACGUCUAACACAAAUCGAGGAAGAAGAUGAUGACGUAGAGGUUGUGCCAGAAACGCAAGCUGAACCUUCAAAAAAGAAAAAUACAAAGGGAAAGGGUAACAAUCAAGCAAGCGAUGGGUUUUGGCAAGAAACCCUUGAUAUAUUCCACGCGAUUAUGGAACAAGGCGAGUACAAAACCGUUGAUUAUAUCGGCUCCAAGUGGCGCAAGAUGAAUACGUUGAUCCAACGCUUUUGUGGGUUUUAUAACACAACGCUCGCCAACAAACCGAGUGGGUGGAACAACGAAAAUGUUUUCAAUGAAGCGUUGCGUUUAUACGAAAAUGAAAAUAAAACUUCUUUCCCACGUGUCCGUGCUUGGCAAAUUGUAAAGGAUCAUCCAAAAUGGAAGCCUGAGUAUGACGAGGAGCCGAUUGGAGAGGAAGAACGUCCCCCAGGAAGGGACAAAAGUAAAAAGAUAGCGGUUGAAAAAAGGAAACAAGCCGCAUCAGGAAGUGGCGGUGGUUCGAAGCCGGAAGGUAUUAUAGCCGAGUUGAAAGCAUUCAACCAAACCUUUACUGAGACGCAAACCGAGAAGGUAAAGGUGAAGAAACGACAAGCCGAGGAGAAGAAAAUGAGGCAAGAAGAAGCGCAGCAGUUGGAGGAAUAA